AUGGUCGGCGUGCACGCGGAGUCCAACGAGCUGGUGCAAAAGGUGCUGAGCAGCGUGCCCGAGCUCGCCUCGUGGCCCGCGUGGUACAGGCACCCGCGCGCGCUUUCAAACGGCCACGUGCACACCAUCCUGGCAGCAAAGGCUCGCCGCACGCGCGCCGUCAAGUACCACCGCCUCCUCGUGCCGACGCCAGACGGCGGCACGCUCGCCGUCGACCUGCUGUGCGGCAUCAGGCGCGCGCGUGCGCGCGACCCGCAGGUUGGCGCGCUGGGUUCGCUGCUCAGCGGCGGCGCCGUCGCGGGAGCUGCCGAGGACACCUCCCGCACCGACACGCUCUUCGUGGACGCUCCUCCGCCGCUCGAGCAGAACCGGCCGCUGCUGCUGCUCGCCUCGGGGCUGGGCGGCGGCUCGCAGGACACGUACGUCCGCUCGAUGGCUGCGACGGCGGCGGAGCGCGGCUGGCAGGUCGCCGUCGUCAACAUGCGCGCGUGCGGCGGCUCUCCAGUCACGUCUCCGCGCCUCUUCAGCGCGUACCGCGGAGCCAACGACGACGUGCGGCUCGCGGCGCCAGACAGAACCGGAGCAUCGCCCCCUCAAGAGCAGAGCCUCGUCUCGCACCAGGCGACCACGCACGCCGGCGACGCGUCUCACGCCAUCGGCGCGGCGUGCUCGCUCGCGACGCCGCUCGACAUGCCGGCCAAUUCGGCCAACCUCCAGCGUCCCUUCCACAAGGCCGUCUACGACCGCAACCUCGGCCGCUCGCUGCAGGCGCUGUGGGGCGCCGCCCGCGACCAGUUCGUCGACGCGAGCGGCGCCCCUCUGCGGGUGCCGUACUGGGACGGCCUCUCGCGCCCCGACAAGCUCGACCCGACCGGCGGCGACAAGGCGGACGGCGCCUUCCUCGCCGACGACGCGCUCGCCUCGAGCGCCCUCUCGAUCCGCGAGCUCGACGAGGCGCUCACGCGCCGGCAGUACGGGUACGAGUCGGUCGACGACUACUACGCCGCCGCGAGCAGCGACCAGCGGCUGCCGCUCAUCGACGCGCCGCUGCUCCUGCUCAACGCGUUCGACGACCCGAUUGUGCCCGGGCUCAGCCUGCUCUCCGCCAUCGAGCGCUCGCGCGCCAACCCGAGCUGCCUCUUCGCCGUCACCUCGCACGGCGGCCACCUCGGCUGGGCGGACAGAGACGACUCCUUCCCGUGGGGCGGCUCGGGCUGGGUGGAGCGGGCGUCGCUCGGCUUCCUCGAAGCGGCGCUCGGCAUCGCGCCCGCAUCCGAGUGCGAGACGGUCGCGUGCGAGGUGUUCGACUGA